GCUGUGCUUGCAUCGGGUCAGGUCAUAAUGCCCUAGAUGAGCGUUGAUAGUGGAUCUCUGCAGGUCAGGCAUUGCUGGCCCGUCGUGGGAUUAUUGUUCAAUCAGGAUUGGACAUUCUCUGACAGUACUGCACGGGAUCUGUAUUAGUUUCACUUGCCUGGCUCACUGACCCACUUCUUGGGGUCCCACAAAGACAUCCUGUUCAAUGCCAUCUGGCCUGAGUUGAAAGAAGCAGGGACAGUCUCAACCAAAAGCAUCAGGUAAGAGUGUCAAUAGCAGAAUGCUUUCCUGUCAAUGGGAUUUCAUUGCUUUUUUAUAAUCAACACAGAUAUAGUUUGCGUGACGUCACAUUUGAGGGGCAGUGGAUUUAAGAUGGCUUUAUCUGCUCCGUAAUCCCUUAUAGCAAUCUGAGCGGGUAAAAUGUUCAGGGUUGGAUCGGAUCAGCUUCUCUGGAUUAUCACAAGCCCCUGCCUCCCUCACAUCAGCCCUCCCCUUGUUAAAAUGUUUUUUCCUGUCUGUUUCUCUAUUUUCUUUCCCUCUGUCUGUUCACGGUUGUCGCUUUGCAUUGCCACAAUGGAGUAGUCAGGCAGGCUUCACCUACCAGUGUUAUUUGUGAGAGCUCUUGGUGUCCUCUUUCCUUCCUCUAUCACCACCGGCAGUAUUCCCCAGAUUAAUUAUUCACAGAUCGUCAAGCAGGAGGAGCCAUUUGAUAGCCAGACUUUGCUACUGUGAAAGAGACCGGGAGGAAAAAAUUACAACUGGAUCUCAGGUGAAAACUUAUAUCUUCUGUUUUGUCUUUUUUCACCCUCCUACCUCUCAACACUUGACAUCAACCUGCAACUAGAAACCUAAAGGGACCCUCUUUCUUCCCCUCUGAAUAAGGUGUAUCUGUUCCUCAUGUUGAUCUCCAGUAAGCAGUUACCGAUCGGACGCUCCCAGAGCUGGGACACGCUGGGUGGGAAUGAGAGUCAUUGGGAACGAAGUGACAGUGUUUAUGAGCAGCAGGCUCGGAUGGCUGGUCGACGAAACUCGUUGAGCUAUGGAGGAGACGCAGGAGGGGGAUGGUACGAUCCACCGCCUGGAGUUCGUCCCCCUGACCUGGAUUUGAAACGGGAGCAAGAAGCUUACCAGGAAUCUCUUUAUAACCAGGGCUAUUUGGAUUGCCAGAACUCCCGUAACAUAAGAAAGAGCUCUGUUCCUGAAUUAAACAGCAAUUAUGACCGACCACCAGCUCAUCGUGGUUCCUUGCAACCCCAUGACUACUAUCAACAAGACCCAGGCAUACCACCCAGACCAACAGAAGGUUUCUUUCAUGGGGAUCAGUCUCAUCCUCUUAAUAGGUCAGGAUUACAUUAUGGAAUGAUGGCAGGUCCUCGACAAUUGUGGGAGCACAGUUCAGGCGGUAGGCCUGCUUCUGCUGCCCCAACUCCUGGCUUGCCUCCCCCUCCACCAACUGCUCAUGAAAUGGGUCGUAUUUACAGGGACUCAUCCCUGCCUGGGGCCCCGCCUCUUACUCCUGUAUCCAAAAUGAUGCCGGAUGGCCAGCGCAUUCCAAGCAGAGCACCAUCUCCAGCUCGUUAUGUAAUGGAGGCCAAUUCUCCUCGUUAUGGUGCUGAGCCACCUGCCUCUCUUACAAGCCAUCCGAACUACAGUGAUGUUAAUGGAAGAUCAGCUGAUCCUCACCAGCCUACAGCCACCUGCCUGGUGGUUGAUCCAGCUGCUCAGGCAAUGGAUGGAACUGCUCGAGGUAUGCUCACUCAUCCGGAAAACCCUUCAACAUACAAUAUACAGCAGCAACAGCAAGCCCAACAGCAGGCUCAACAGCAAGCGCAACAACAAGCACAGCAACAAAUACAACAACAAAUACAGCAGCAGCAAAUGCAGCAAGUUCAGGCAUUGCAACAAAUGCCGCAAGUUCAGCCAGUGCAACAAAUGCAGCAGGUUCAGCCAGUGCAGCAUAUACAGCAAGUUCAACAAAUACCACAGCUUCAGCCAGUGCAGCAAGUUCCACAUAUGCAAACCAUGGCACCCCAAAAUCCUGUAUACACCCCAGCUCCCCCUACAGCCCCAGUAACCACUCCAGGUGUAGCUGCUAUUCCUGUUCAAAAUCCUCCCCAAUUUCCUGCUCAGCCUCCUGCACCUGCUGCUCCUCCCCUUGCCCCUCAAACCCCAGUAGUUCCAGUGGAUCCCAAAAAGCAUGCAGACCCUGAGUUUCUGGCGUUGCUGCAAAAAGAAGGCCUUUCAGAAAGCACCGUCAUUUCUCUUCUGCAGCAAGGUUUUGACUCCAUUGCAAUGUUGGCCGUUAUGGAAGAAAAUGAUGUGCGCUCAGUGGCCCCCAACUUGGGACAAGCUCGGGUCCUAUCUCGCGUCGUGCUCAGUUGCAAAAGACCAUCUGAGGUCCCUCCUGCUACACCUCAACAUCCCACUGUUCCAGUUCGAGGCAGAUCCAACAGCUUUAGCCAUCGCAGCGACAAUUACGUGCACCAACCGCCACCCAUGACUCCAGGUAUGGACUCCCAUUACAUGCAGCCACCUGGUACCCCCAUGCAGACUAUUCCUUCAAGAAUGGGGGAAAGCUAUGGUCGCAGACCCAGUAGUGCUCCCUCCCAACAACUUCUUGAGAGCAGUGGGUAUCCUGGAGCUAGGUCUGCAGGAACAUACAGUGGCGCCAUUCAGUCUCGCCCUUUGUCCCCCUACACUCCACACGCUAGCUUACCCCUGCCACCCAUGGCUGCAGUCUCUCAACGAGUAGCUGUUCCGUCACAUCUGCCAGGGAUACCUCAACCAAUGACCUGCCAGUUCCCCAACCAACUGUCUGCAGUUCCCCAACCAAUGACCAUUCCUGCUAUGGCACCCCAGCAAGCUCCUAAAGCAUACACCACCAACUACACCGUCCCCAUGGAGUUGAUGAAGAGGGAUCGUAGUUUGGCACCCAUGCACAGUCCUCACAUGAGCCCACAGGUAAUGCGGAAGGCCGGGGUUGUAGCCUCAGACGGUGCCAUGGUAUCUGUGGGUGGGGCCGUACCAGGCACAAAUGUGAGCCUGGCUAAUCAGAAGCUCAGUCGACGCACUGGACCUCCGGUCAUUGUCUCCACUAUGGCAUCUCCAGACACAAGUAUAAGACCACAAAUCAUGAACGGUCCAAUGCAUCCUCGCCCGCUGGUGGCACUGUUGGAUGGUAGGGACUGCACUGUGGAGAUGCCCAUCCUGAAAGAUCUGGCCACUGUGGCAUUCUGUGACGCACAGUCAACGCAAGAAAUCCACGAGAAGGUGUUGAACGAAGCAGUCGGUGCGAUGAUGUACCACACCAUAACUCUGACCAGAGAGGAUCUGGAGAAGUUUAAAGCUCUACGAAUCAUAAUCCGUAUCGGCAGCGGAUACGACAAUAUCGAUAUUAAGGCUGCUGGAGAAAUGGGUAUUGCGGUGUGUAAUAUACCAUCAGCCGCGGUGGAGGAGACCGCAGACUCCACGCUUUGCCACAUCUUAAAUCUUUACCGGAGAAACACCUGGCUUUACCAGACCAUGCGCGAGGGGACGCGAGUCCAGAGCGUCGAGCAGAUCAGAGAGGUGGCGUCAGGAGCCGCACGUAUCAGGGGCGAAACACUUGGAUUAAUCGGCUUUGGUCGAUCGGGACAGGCAGUAGCCGUUCGAGCAAAAGCGUUCGGCUUCAACGUGAUCUUUUAUGACCCGUACCUGCAGGACGGUUUAGAGCGGUCACUGGGCGUCCAAAGAGUUUAUACUUUGCAGGAUCUUCUUUACCAGAGUGACUGCGUUUCUCUUCACUGCAACCUAAACGAACAUAACCACCACCUCAUUAAUGACUUCACCAUCAAACAGAUGCGACAGGGAGCGUUUCUUGUGAACACAGCCCGCGGAGGUCUGGUCGAUGAAAAAGCCCUGGCACAGGCUCUGAAAGAGGGCAGAAUACGGGGGGCCGCCCUUGAUGUCCAUGAGUCUGAACCUUUCAGUUUUUCUCAGGGUCCCUUGAAAGACGCACCCAAUCUGAUCUGCACACCGCACACAGCGUGGUACAGCGAGCAAGCCUCACUAGAGAUGAGGGAAGCAGCGGCCACUGAGAUCCGCAGGGCCAUCACCGGUCGUAUCCCGGACAGCCUCAGAAACUGCGUCAACAAAGAGUUUUUUGUUACCACAGCGCCGUGGGGAGUGAUGGAGCAGCAGGUACAUCCGGAGCUCAAUGGUGGAGCCUACAGAGUCGCCCAGCCUCUGCCAGCCGUCUCACCUGGCGGCCUGCAAGACAAAAUGUAUACCUAAACAAUGACAGGUUUCCUCCUGGUGUGGUGGGCGUGUCUCCUGGUGGCAUGGGUGGUCAGUUAGAGGGCAUGAUACCUGGCGGGGUCCCCAGUGCCCAUCCCCUUCCUCCUGGUGCUCAGCCCAGCCUCACACCUUCCCCCACCCAGCUCC